GCCCGCCAGCGGGAGAUGAGUGGAGCCCGGGCCUGGCCCGGCCCUCCAGGCCCUCCCGGCCCACCCGGCCCCGCUAGAAUGCUGUUGCUGCUGGCGCUGGCCUGUGCCAACCCCUUCCCGGACCCCCGGGGGGGGCCCUUCGGGGGGCUGGGGCCGGGGGGGCCCCGGGCUCUCAAUGUGGCCGUGGUGUUCAGCGGGGCCUCCUACGCCCCCGAGGCCGCCCGCCUGGCCCCCGCCACGGCGGCCGUGGGUGGCCCUGGGCUGGACGUCCGCCCCGUGGCCCUGGUCCUCAACGACACCAACCCCCGCAGCCUGGUGCUGCAGCUGUGCGACCUGCUGUCCGGCCUGCGUGUUCACGGCGUGGUCUUCGAGGACGACUCCCGCGCCCCCGCGGUGGCCCAGAUCCUUGACUUCGUCUCCGCCCAGACUGCCGUCCCCAUUGUGGGCGUCAACGGCGGGGCCGCCAUCGUCCUCACCCCUAAGGAGAAGGGCUCUACCUUCCUCCAACUGGGCUCAUCCACGGAGCAGCAGCUGCAGGUCAUCUUCGAGGUGCUGGAGGAGUACGACUGGACGGCCUUCGGGGCAGUGACCACGCGGGCCCCCGGCCACCAGGACUUCCUGGACUACAUCGAGGCGCUGACGGACGGCUCCUUCAUCGGCUGGGAGCACCGCGGGGCCCUGACCCUGGACCCGGGAGCCGACGAGGCGGUGCUGGGGGCCCGCCUGAGGGGCCUCAGCGCCCAGAUCCGCCUGCUGUACUGCGCCCGCGAGGAGGCGGAGCCCUUGUUCCGGGCCGCCGCCGCCGCCGGUCUGACGGGCCCCGGCUACGUGUGGUUCGUCGUGGGCCCCCACCUGGCCGGCGGGGAGUUAGUGGGGACCCUGCCGGCCGGGCUCUUUGCCGUGCGCUCGGCCGGCUGGCGGGAUGACCUGGCCCAGAGGGUGGCCACGGGAGUGGCAGUGGUGGCCCGGGGGGCCCAGGCCCUGUUGCGGGACUACGGCUUCCUGCCUGACUUUGGCCACGACUGCCGGGCCUCCAAUCGAAGCCGGCGGGGGGAGAACCUGCACCGGUACUUCAUGAACAUCACCUGGGACAGUCGGGAUUACUCCUUUAAUGAGGACGGCUUCUUGGUUAAUCCGUCUCUGGUGGUCAUCUCUCUCACCAAAGAGCGCACCUGGGAGGUGGUGGGCAGCUGGGAGCAGCAGUCGCUGAGAAUGAAGUACCCUGUGUGGUCGCGCUACGGCCGUUUCCUGCAGCCGGUGGACGACGCUCAGCACCUGACGGUGGCCACGCUGGAGGAGAGGCCUUUCGUCAUCGUGGAGCCGGCUGACCCGCUCAGCGGUACCUGCAUCCGCGACUCUGUGCCUUGCCGCAGCCAGCUCAAUCGCACGCACAGCCCCCCGCCGGACGCCCCCCGCCCCGAGAAGCGCUGCUGUAAGGGUUUCUGCAUCGACAUUCUCAAGCGCCUGGCCCAAACCAUCGGCUUCACCUACGACCUGUACCUGGUCACCAACGGUAAACAUGGCAAGAAGAUCGACGGGGUCUGGAACGGCAUGAUCGGCGAGGUGUUCUACCAGCGGGCCGACAUGGCCAUCGGCUCGCUGACCAUCAACGAGGAGCGGUCUGAGAUCGUGGACUUCUCUGUGCCCUUCGUGGAGACGGGCAUCAGCGUCAUGGUGGCCCGGAGCAAUGGAACCGUCUCACCAUCUGCCUUCUUGGAGCCGUACAGCCCGGCUGUGUGGGUCAUGAUGUUCGUCAUGUGUCUCACCGUCGUCGCCGUCACCGUCUUCAUCUUUGAAUAUCUCAGCCCCGUGGGCUACAACCGCAGCCUGGCCACUGGCAAGAGACCGGGCGGCUCCACCUUCACCAUCGGGAAGUCCAUCUGGCUGCUCUGGGCUCUCGUCUUCAACAACUCGGUGCCCGUGGAGAACCCGCGGGGCACCACCAGCAAGAUCAUGGUCCUGGUUUGGGCCUUCUUCGCCGUCAUCUUCCUCGCCAGCUACACUGCCAACCUGGCGGCCUUCAUGAUCCAGGAGGAGUACGUGGAUACCGUCUCCGGCCUCAGCGACCGCAAGUUCCAGCGGCCCCAGGAGCAAUACCCCCCACUCAAAUUCGGGACGGUGCCCAAUGGUUCCACUGAGAAGAACAUCCGCAGCAACUACCCCGACAUGCACAGCUACAUGGUCCGCUACAACCAGCCCCGGGUGGAGGAGGCCCUGAUGCAGCUCAAGGCCGGGAAGCUGGAUGCCUUCAUCUACGACGCAGCCGUGCUUAAUUACAUGGCGCGCAAGGAUGAGGGCUGCAAGCUGGUGACCAUAGGCUCCGGUAAAGUCUUCGCCACCACCGGCUACGGCAUUGCGCUGCACAAGGGCUCGCGCUGGAAACGGCCCAUCGACCUGGCCCUGUUGCAGUUCCUGGGUGACGAUGAAAUUGAGAUGCUCGAGCGGCUGUGGCUGUCUGGGAUCUGCCACAAUGACAAGAUCGAAGUGAUGAGCAGCAAGCUGGACAUCGACAACAUGGCGGGCGUCUUCUACAUGCUGCUGGUGGCCAUGGGGCUGUCGCUCCUCGUCUUCGCUUGGGAACACCUGGUCUACUGGCGUCUGCGCCACUGUCUGGGGCCCGCCGGGCGCAUGGACUUCCUGCUCGCCUUUUCCCGGGGCAUGUACAGCUGCUGCAGUCCCGAGACCCCCCUACCUCCAGCCAAGCCCCCACCGCCGCCCCAGCCCCUGCCCCUGCCCCUGCCCAGCCCCGCUUACCCGCCCCCCCGGCCUGCGCCCCCAGCCCCAGGCCCCUUCCUGCCCCGGGAGCGGGCAGCGGCCGACCGCUGGCGCCGCCUCAAGGCUCCCUCUGGUCCCCCUGAACCCCCGGCCCCCCGCCCGCCCCUCCCCGGGGCUCUGGCCGACGGUUACCACCGCUACUACGGCCCCAUAGAACCCCAGGGCCUGGGGGACCCGCCGGCCCGGAGUUCCCGGGCCCCCCGCCCGGUCUCGCCGCCCCCCGCCCCCCGCGGCCCCGAGAAGCCGCCCCCGUCCUACUUUGCCAUCGUGCGGGAGAAGGAGGGCCCGGAGCGGGGGGGCGGGCCGGGGCGCUACCAGGUCCCAGACAGCUACCCCAGCCCCCCACGGCCCCCUUCGGCCCUCUGUCACCUGGCCUACGAGGACGAGGGGGGCCCGGCCCCGGCCCGCUGGGCCCCCGAGAGCCGCCCCCCGCCCCCCCGCCGCCCAGCCCCACCCUCCUGCCCCUACCUCGACCUGUCUGACUCGGACGAGUCUGAGAGCUGCGGGGGGGGCGGGGGGGGCUCCCUGGACCCCUGGUGGUACCCUGACUUUGCUUACCCGUACCCAGACCGCUUAGGCCCCCCGCCGGGGCGCUACUGGUCGGUGGACAAGCUGGGGGGCUGGCGCGGGGGCAGUUGGGAUUAUCUGCCGCCCCCCAGCACCCACCCCAGCUGGCACUGCCGCCACUGCGCCAGCCUCGAGCUGCUGCCCCCCCACCGGCACCUCAGCUACUCGGAGGAGGGUCUGGAGGGCUGGGGCGCCUGGGUCCCACCCCCCUGGCACCGCCGGGCCCGUUGCGGCUGCCCCCGGGCCCCCCGCCACGCCCCCCCGCCCCCGCUGCCUCCCCGCCGGGUGCCCCGGCCCCGCCGGGCCCCCCACCGCCGGGUCUGGGAGCCCCCCGGCCCCACCUCGCGCUCGCUGGAGGACCUCAGCACCUGCCCCCGGGUCCCCCGGCCUCUGGCCACCUCCCGCCGCUGCCCCCACGCCCGCUGGGCCGGCCCAGUGCCCACAGCCGCACCCCGCCGCCAGAGCCGGGGGGCCGAGCUGGGGGCCCGCCGGGGCUCCGCUCACUUCUCCAGCCUCGAGUCGGAGGUAUGACCCACCCCAGCCCCGACCCCGUCCCUCCCCGGGACUCAUUCCGCCUCCUCCAGACCCACCCUCAGGGCCCCACCUGGACCCCCUCCCCAGGCCCCCCCCUUCGGCCCGGAGCAGGCCCGGGACCACCCUGCCGUCCGAAGGCGCCAGCCCGCCGCGGAGCCCCACGGGGCCUCUAACGGACGGACGGGUGGACCGAGGCUGCGUGCGGAAAGACAGAAAAGACGUGGGGCGCGGAAGAGUCGCUAGAACCGGGUCAGGCCAAGGGCCCACCUGAGCCCCCGGGGCGCGACUGGACGGAGAACAUAGAUGGGGGGCCGAGGGGGGCGGCGGUGGGGGAGCACCGGGCCCGGGCCUCGCCUGCGGCUCUGUGGGCCAAGGACGGGACACGGGGCGGAGGGCGCAAAUCUCUGCCUCGGAGACUCCGGGACCCGGGUAGGGCCCGGAGGGGCGCGGGAGCAGAGCUCGGGGGUCCAGGCCUCCCCCUUCCCCGCCCCUCCGGUGGGGGGGAAGGGAAGGGGCCCAGCCCCGGGGGCUUUUUAAUCCUGACAAGGGCUUUUUAACGUCAUGGGAGGGGGUCAGGCCAAGCACAUGCCCCCUAUGCCCGGGCCCCGCGGGCUCACCCCCUACCCCGUGGGCCCCCUCGCCGCCACCACCACCUCCACCACCACCACUACCACUGUGUUGCUCCCUGUGGCCCUGGACUUCGGGGUUGCCCCCUGCCCCUGGGAGCCAGACUCUUUUUAACCUCCAUCAUCGGGACACGAAACUGUGAGAGCCGUCCACGCAAACUGUGACCCCUCCCCCACUCACUCUGACCCCCGGCCCUCCCCGACCCCACCUCUCCACUGAACCCUCUGUGUGAGCCCCGAUCCCUCUGCCCCCCACCCACUUUCUCUGGCCCUUUGCUUCCCUUCUCCUUAUGCCCUCUCCCACUAUCUCUGUCCCCUCUGUCUCUCUGGGUACGUCUCUAUCUCUCCCAUUCUCCCACUCUCUCCAAUCCAACCUCUUACUCACCUUCCCUCACCCCCAAGCCCCCGGCCCUAGAGGAGGGGGCCCGUCACCGCCAGCAGAGGCCCUCGUCCGGCCCCCGGAACGGAAGCGGGCCUGGGAGGGUGGGGACCCGGGCAUCGGGGACCCCACACGUCAGAGCGAUUGGAAUAAACCACGUUUUUAUGCCUCCUC